UCUCUCUGUUGCCAACCUGCUCUGCCCUCUCCCUGCCUGAGCUGAGCUCCGUCCUUCCCCAUAUAAAGAUUCCAAGCUUCUUCUCCCCACCAAACAAGCAAGCCCAUUAAUAUCUUCCGUCUUCCCCCCAAGAAACCACCACGCCAGGCCAGAGCAGCCGCUCUCGUGAGCUUUCCCUCCCCACCGAGCUUCCUCUCGAUGCCUUCCAUGGCGUAGUCGGCGGCAAACAAGCCUUGCAUCCACUCCUCCCAAAGGGACAUUGUGUUUUUCUUUCCUCUGGUUUAGCGGCUCUUAGUUCGUCGGCAUGGCGGCGGGGUUGCCUAUGCAGGUGGUCGGGCUCUGCUUCUGGCUCGUCUUAUCCCUCGUCGGCUGCUCCGCCGAAGUGAGCACGGCCGCUGUUGCCGCCGCCCCCGCCCCCGCCCCUGGGGGAAGCUGCGAGGCGGUGCUGGUGGACGCAAGGGCCGCCGUGGCGGAGACGGACGAGGCGUUCGUGUGCGCGACAUUGGACUGGUGGCCGCCGGAGAAGUGCGACUACGGCACCUGCGCCUGGGGCCUCGCAGGCCUCCUCAACCUGGAUCUCUCCAGCAAAAUCCUGCUGAAUGCCGUGAAAGCGUUCUCCCCUAUCAAGCUCCGGCUCGGCGGCUCCUUGCAGGACUUCUUGGUCUACGGCACCGGCAGCACCGGGGAGCCAUGCCUUCCGUUUACCAAGAACACGUCGGCGAUGUUCGGGUUUACGCGGGGUUGCCUGCCGAUGCACAGAUGGGAUGAGCUCAAUGCGUUCUUCCACAAAUCUGGUGCACAGAUUAUCUUUGGUCUGAACGCUCUGAAUGGCCGGGUUCCAAUGCCUGAUGGCUCUUUGGGAGGGCCAUGGGAUUACACCAAUGCAGAUUCUUUCAUUCGCUACACCGUCGAGAAAGGAUAUCAUAUGUAUGGCUGGGAGCUUGGAAACGAACUCGGUGGCACUGGAGUUGGAGCUCGAAUUGACGCCGACCAAUAUUCUGCGGAUGUGAUCACUCUGAACCAAAUUGUUGGCAAAGCCUACCAAGGAUCAAAACCACUGGUAAUCGCUCCAGGAAGCUUCUUUGAUGCAGCUUGGUUCACCGAGUUUGUCGGCAAAACAAAGCCAAACCAAGUGGAUGUCAUCACUCAUCAUAUCUACAAUUUAGGCCCUGGUGUGGACACGCAUCUGAUUGACAAGAUUCUCGACCCAUCUUACCUUGAUGGCGAGGCAAGCACGUUUAGUAGUCUCCAGGGAAUACUAAAGUCUGCAGGGACGUCCGCUGUCGCGUGGGUUGGCGAAGCUGGAGGGGCUUACAACAGUGGCCACCACCUUGUGACUGAUGCUUUCGUGUUCAGUUUCUGGUUCCUGGAUCAGCUCGGCAUGUCAGCAAAGUAUGACACAAAGAGUUAUUGCAGGCAAACCUUGGUUGGAGGGAACUACGGCCUGCUCAACACAACAACAUUUGAACCAAAUCCUGAUUAUUACAGUGCUUUGCUAUGGCAUCGUCUCAUGGGAACCAAGGUUCUCUCCACGACAUUCAAUGGCACAAAUAAGAUCCGUGCUUAUACACAUUGUGCCAGAGAUUCGGAAGGGAUCACCCUACUUCUGAUCAACCUCAGUGGCAACAGCACAAACCAUAUCUAUGUGACGAGCGAGGGCGCACAUGAGGACAUGCAUCCAUACAGCUCAAAGGAGCACAGAAGUUUCAGACGCAUUCCAAAGCUCAGCGAAGCAGCUAAGCUGACAAGAGAGGAAUACCACCUCACCCCCAAAGAUGGGAACCUGCAGAGCCAACAUAUGCUGCUCAACGGCAACGUGUUGGCUACCGAUGCCAAUGGAGGCAUCCCCAAGCUAGAGCCUGUGCAGGUGGAGGGAACGCAGCCCAUAACCGUGGGUCCUUACUCCAUUGUGUUUGCUCACAUCCCCAGCUUCUAUGCUGCUGCCUGUAGGAAGAUUGUUUGAUUGGUUUUGGUGAGAGAUGAUUCUGCUAUCAUAGGUUAGAGCAAGUGUUGGUGAGAAGCAAAGCAUGCUCACCUGCAAAUGAAGUAAGCUGUAAGGCUGAAAUGUUUGUGAUUCAUUGUUGUUUCAUGAAACGAAAUGUUAAGAAACUUUGUGUGCACACAAAAGGAAAUGAAAAGGAAAAAAUGAUUUCUAUUU